GCGCCAGGGGUCGCGCAGCCGGGGCCGGGGCGGGGGCGGGGCUGUGCCGCGCUGCCUGGCGGAGCGGGGCUCCCUCGCUGCCGGCGCCCCUCGCGGGGCAGUGCCGGGCGCUCCUCGCCGCCGGUUUAUGUAACCCGCCGCCCGCAGCCGCUUACAAAACGCCGCCGAGGCAGCGCCGCCGCUAGAGCUUCGCCGCCGCCAGCGCAGCGGCAGCCGGGAGAUGGAAACUGCUCAAAACAACAGUGACCUCAAAAAACUUCAUGCAGUGGAGCUUAACCUGUGUAAGAAGGACACGAUGGCAGACACGUUUGAUCACAGCAUUAUUUCUGUUGGAGAACAGGAAGGAGCAGACAAUUUCCAACGUUCUCUUCCAACACGAGAGUCCCUCCGAUACCCUCGGGGCUCUGUUGUGAGUUUCCAUAAUAUCGAGUACUCUGUCAAGCAGUCCAGUGGAUUCCUCUGUAAACGGAAAACUGUGGACAAGAAGAUCCUUCACAAUGUUUAUGGCAUUAUGAAGCCGGGCUUGAAUGCUAUUCUCGGGCCAACAGGGAGUGGCAAAUCUUCUCUCCUAGAUGUGCUGGCUGCCAGAAAGGACCCAGCAGGCCUGUCUGGAGAAGUGCUUAUAGAUGGCAUUCCACAACCUCCAAAUUUCAAGUGCAUCUCGGGGUAUGUUGUGCAGGAUGAUGUUGUCAUGGGCACAAUGACGGUGAGGGAGAACCUGCACUUCUCUGCUGCCCUGCGACUCCCCAGCUCCAUCAGCAUUAAAGAGAAGGAAGAGCGAGUCACCCAGAUAAUCAGUGAGCUGGGAUUAAGCAAAGUGGCUGAUGCUAAGGUAGGAACCGAAUUGAUCCGGGGAGUGUCUGGAGGGGAACGGAAGAGAACCAACAUUGGAAUGGAGCUCAUCACAGAGCCACCAGUCCUUUUUCUGGAUGAACCAACAACUGGCCUUGAUGCUAGCACAGCCAAUGCAGUUCUCAUCCUCUUAAAGAAGCUCUCAAGAAGAGGACGAACCAUCGUAUUUUCCAUCCAUCAGCCCCGCUAUUCCAUAUUCAAGCUGUUUGACAGUCUGACGUUACUAGCUUUGGGAAAGGUGCUGUACCAUGGGCCUGCAAAGCAGGCCCUAGAGUACUUUAAUUCUAUUGGAUAUGAGUGUGAACCCUUCAACAAUCCAGCUGACUUCUUCCUUGAUAUCAUAAAUGGUGAUUCAACUGCUGUGGCAGCAAGCAAGGAAGAUCACAGACCUGUGAACACAGGGAAAGAGAUGAGCAGUGAAGAUGGAGUGGCAGAAGAUAACGUGGACAGCAGUGUGGUAGAUGUGCUGCACCAGAAAUAUCUCAACUCCAGCCUGUAUCGGGGCACAAAGGAAGCACUGGUGAAAGUAGAGCUUGAACGGGGAAGCAAGCAGAGAGUAUCCAAGCAGGGGCAUGAGAUUACCUAUGCAAAUGGAUUUGUCACCCAGCUGUACUGGGUGUCCAAGUGUUCCCUGAAAAACCUCAUCAGAAACCCACAGGCUUCCAUUGCACAAAUUGCAGUGACCGUAAUUCUUGCUUUGGUUGUGGGUGCUAUCUUUUUUGGUGUAAAGUUGGAUCGAAGUGGCAUUCAGAAUCGGGUUGGAUCCUUGUUUUUUGUUACCACAAACCAGUGUUUUUCCAGUGUCUCUGCAAUUGAGCUGUUUAUCAGACACAAGAAACUGUUUGUCCAUCAGUACACCAGUGGAUAUUACCGUGUGUCUGCCUACUUCCUGGCCUUGAUGAUAGGAGAUUUGCUGCCCAUGAGAACUGCUCCAGCCAUCAUAUUCUCAUGCAUCAGCUACUGGAUGAUUGGAUACCAAGCUGUUACAGGCCGGUUCUUCUUCUUCAUGCUGACCCUGGUACUGGUGUCCUACACUGCCACAGCCAUGUCUCUGGCUAUCAGUGCUGGGAUGGAUGUGGUGGCUGUGGCCAAUCUGCUCAUCACUAUUUGUUUUGUCCUGAUGCUUAUCUUUUCAGGCCUCUUAGUAAACCUCCCUUCCGUAAUGGGCUGGCUGAACUGGCUCAAGUACUUCAGCAUCCCACGAUACGGCCUCACUGCUCUUCAAGUGAAUGAGUUCAGAGAUCUCUACUUCUGUGGUGAGAAGCAUCCAAAUGUUACAGUAUCUGCAAGAGAUGCAGGCAUUUGUUCCCCCAGUAUUUCAGGAGAAAUGUGUUCUGGUGAAGCAUACCUGUGCAGCCAAGGAAUCUCACCUACCAGCUGGGAAAUGUGGGAAAACAUAGUGGCUCUCUUCUGUAUGACUGUUAUCUUCCUUAUUGUUGCCUAUGCAAAACUCCGGUUUAUGAGAAAGUUCACAUAGGCUCCUGUGUUGCCUUGCCCUGCAGCUUCUCUGGUCUUGGAACUGCAAAGCUUGUUAGGGCCUGCUGGAGAUUGCCAAAAGAUUUCAACUGACUUCACUGGACUUUAGAUGGGAACCCUGUCCCCUUGUUUCUGGAGCAUUAUCUCUGCAUGGUUGUAUGAUUUUGAUUUCUAAGAAGAAAUGCAUGAAUGUACAUUGCAUAAGUGAUUUUUUGGUAAGAGAAUAUAAUUCUCAUAAUUCCUUAAGUACAUAUUGAACUAUAUAUUGUAAAGCAUUAUUCUUCUGUGGCCAACUGAACAUUUCCUAUAUAAAAGGGAAGCAUUUUCUUUUGAAA